AUGCACAACCAGUGCCUAGAAAACAGCGUUGGCGUAGCCGGCAGGAUCAGGCAGCUGAAUUACCCCUCAGGAGUGCACAAGAACUCAGCCUUGUCGAGAGCUGUGGAGGCUGCAGGCCUUGCUAUCGGUACUCUUGCACUUGUCGGUGUCUUUGGAGACUGUGUGGAACUUUUAUCAUAUAGUAUCGAAACGGCAAAGUCAAUGGGCCAACAUUAUGUCGCGCUAGCAACAAGACUCGAAAUCCAGAGAAAACUUCUGCACCAGUGGGCCAACAGACUGAAAAUCUUCGAUCCUGAACACUAUGACAAGCGACUUGAUGACCCUAACAUUGAGCCUCUCAUCUAUCAGGGUUUUAGUUGGAUUCGUCAGCUGCUCCAAGACGGCCACAAACUUGAGCAACGAUACAGUGUCAGACCAGCCAAGAUUCAUGAAUCAAUGGAAUCGCCGACAGCUUUUCGUCAUUGGCUGAUGUCAAAAUUUAAUUCAAUGCCGCACAAGCUUCGAUCUCGUCGCGACGUUCAGUCACUCCAGCCAUACCAAGCUGUCAGAUGGAUUAUCCAAGAUAAAGAACAGUUUGAAAGCCUCUUCCAAAGCUUAUCCGAUCUAAUUGCCGACAUCAACGCAGUCAUACCUCCACAAAGGGGUGAUUCCACCAAUACCGCCCUGCAACACGAAGCAGCCAAUUUGAGUUCUGUCAGUGAGCUAGGGACUAUCAAGACUGUUUUGCCGAAUGAAGAUGUCAAUAUCACUUGCAGGGUAGAAAACGGCAUCGAUCAGGAGUGCGCCAAAAAAGACAGCAUCUCUGAAGCACAUUCCGAAACUUUCAAACGGGCAAUCGAGCCUCCUGAUCCUGGAAGCAAUUGGAGCGACUUGGGUCAAUGGCUACGAUCUGGAGCUGGUAUAUACUGGAUCUCUGGUAAAUCCACGUCGACGAAGUAUCUCUUUGAAAAUUAUGGAGCUCCAGAACUACUGCAAGAAUGGGUAGGGAGUCGAGAAUCGAUCAUGGGUAACUUUUUGCUAUGGAAUGUUGGAACUCUCGAGCAAAAUACUUGUUGUGGUGUAGCCAGAGGUCUUUUGUACCAUGUUCUGAAAGAAAACCAGUCUCUUAUUCCGCACAUGUGGCAGGAGGCUCAGAGUGGAAUCAAGAACUUGAAGCUCCCUUCAAGCACUGAACUAAAAUGGGCCUUACAACAACUUGACGAAGUAUCAAAACAGGCGGCAUUUGCUUUCUUCAUUGACGCUCCUCCCCCUGUCAAGCGACAACUGUCGAUUGGUAUGGCGACAGCUUAUCUUAAUGAAGCCGACGUUCGAGAAUUGAUCAUAACUCUGCAAGACAAAGCGGAGGGCGUAUUUCUCUGGGUCGUACUUGCUUGCCGCACACUACUUGACCGCUUUGAUGCAUAUGACUCUGCAGACGAGAUCCAACGGGCAGUUGACCGGCUACCACCAGAACUUGAGGACCUCCUCCGCAGUAUAAUCGAGGAUAUACCAGAGCGAGUUCGGCAACAAGCAUCAAAAAUGCUUCGCCUCUACUUUACUCGAUACUCACCUGAUGAGAUGAACCAAAAAUCUUUGAUGCUGGAAGGCCGUCUUCGAAGUCAAUGUAGAGGGUCAUUGGAAAUACGUGGCGAUGCUUCCAAAGGUCACCUAAUGGGUCCUGGUGGGGAUACUCCUUUUGUCAACUUCAUGCACAGAACAGUGUUUGAGUUUCUCGACAAUACAGAUGCUCUAAAAAUGGACUGUUUGAAGAUAGACGAUGAUGGAUUCGACCCGACUGCUGCCUUGGCAUUUAUUGACUCGUUCAUGUUAUUCCUCGAUUACUCGACAGCAUUUUGA